AUGGCACCAGCAGAUGUGUUUAUUCUUUCAUCUUCCCCCCUCCAAAAACCGUUUCAAUCGCACGCAAUGUCCUCGUCACCACUACCAUCUCCCAGUGAAUUGUUUAAGCAGAAAAGACCCUCCGCGAUACCGACUGGAAGUCGCGCUGCUUCGAUCCCUCUCAACUCUCCAAUAUCAUUUACUAGUGCGGCGACACUUCUCAAUGAAUCGAGACAAAAAAGUCCACCAGAUGCGCAAUCGAAUAAACCCACCAAAUCAAAGGGAACCAAGAAGAAGGAUGGCAGCUCCGAGUUGUUGGAAUUGUUAGACAAAGCGAAAGUCACAAAACCACGAGCAAAAAGGGCGAGUCUCGGCAAGAAGAAGGAUUUAAUUGAUGGAGAACCCGCAAAGGUCCCACGGAAGACUAUUACCAAGAAAGACAAUGCACUACUAGAUGGAGUAGAAACGACCAAACCAAAAUCAUCGCGCGCAAAGAAGGUCGUGGCGGAAGAUGGGGAAGAGAAGAUACCGGUCCCACGAAAACCACGGGCAAAAAAAGCUACCAAGGACGAUGUUGGUGACGAGCGUGCCAAAGAAAAACCUGCGCGAAAACCAAGAGCAAAGAAAUCCGAAGGUGGCCAAACGAAAAUAGUCAAGGGAAGGGUCACAAAGAAAUCGGCAGCAGCAGCAAGUGAUAAGGCAGAAGGGAAAUUGAAAUCAAUAAGCAAAGAUUCCGCUACCGAGAAAAUCUCCAAACCACCCAAUUCUCCUGUACAUUACGGAUUACCUAAGGCAGUGAAGAGACGAACGGACUGGUCACCUCCAACGGCGUCAAUAACAAGUAGGCCACUUUCUCCGACCUCGGAGCCUGUAGAAGCAGAGAUAGUCCCUCCUGAUUCGAGGCCGUCACCUUUAGCCAGUAAGGGAUUUGGCAAUCUCCUUGGAGACUAUGGUUCUACGCAAAGUUCGGUUUUGGCAGUGCAGAGAAAGGUAUCAGACGAAGGAGGAACUAGAAAACGAAAAAUGAUUGAGUUGAUCAAGACAAACAUUUCAGCUGCUUCCAAUGCACCUGUAGAGACUCCUCCAAAAGCCAAGGCACCAAGGAAAAAGGCAAGGACCAUCACUGAUCUUGCGACGUCCGCAUACGCAGCAGUAGAGAGUGAUGCGCCUGUGGAAUCGGCGCCACUACUCCAGUAUUUUUCUCCUACAGGUAUCAAUGGCACCACCAAGGAAUCGACGAAAGCUCGUUCAAAGACAGCUUCCAAGGGAACAAAGGCAAAGAAAGAUGCCAUCCAAGCUCCAGUACUACUUUCGCCAACGUCUGCUCUAGGUCAAGUUCGAAAUCAGGAUUUCGUUUUUGGUACUUCAAGUCAACUGGCGAGGGAGGAGUCACCAACUUACCUUCGAGAUUUGCAGAUGGCCAUGCAGGAAUCUAAUCAGAUGAUGCAUGAUCCUUUCCACGAUUCAUUUAAUGAUCCAUUUGCAGAUUCUGUUCCAGAGCCGUCUGCACCCGCUCCUUCGAAAGUUAGAAGGAAGGACCCCAAAGGCGCUUUAUGGGCUGCUGCGGCUCGUGAUGCCAGUGGGUCUUUGCUAGAUGUAGAAGUAGUGGACUUGAUAGACUCUCCUGUUGUAAGCAAAACCGGUGGCAUUCUGGAAGCUGCAGCUCAGUUGUUAGCGGAGGACGAGUGGCAGGAUGUUGAAGUAGUGUUGCCUAAAUCGCCAACGAAAGCUGGUCAUGAACCCGAAGCUUCAACAGAUUUGCAACCAAAUAGUCCCAAAGCGAAAGCCCCUACAAAAACUUCAUCUCCUAAGCGUCCCAAGGUACUGAAAGACAAGGACGUUGCCGCUGCGCCUACCAAGACAACCAAGAAGACUGCCAAACCCAAGGUACUUGAAAUGCCAGAUUUCGAGGGUUUUACAACGGUACAGUUGGCAUCACAAUUAGCAUCAUAUCAUUUCAAGCCCGUCAAGAGUCGGACGGCGAUGAUUUCAUUGCUUGAACAAUGUUGGGAAGGGGUCAAUCGAACAGCUCUCCAGGAAAUGGCGACAAACACCAAACCAUCAUCUCCCAAAAAAUCUUCUAAAUCUGCAACAGAAGCAAGUCAAUCUAAAGCGACAACACCAAAGAAGGCUGUAGGGAGACCAAGGAAAGACAGUUCUGUAAGCACCAAAGCUUCACCCACAAAAUCAAAGGCCAAAUCCAAAGCCAGGUCUGUAAAAGAGAAUGAAAAAGAUACAUCCUCCGACUCCGACAUUCCACUCUCCACACUCCGAACCCCAGCCAAAAUCAAAAAAGCCCAAAAAGCACUCCUCCAAGCCUCUCGUCAGACCUCCCCACGUCGUCAAACCAAAACACCACCCCACUCCCUCCAACAGCUCUCCCAAGACUCAACCAUCGGUGCAGACCUCACCCCCGCAUCCGACCAAGCAACACUCUUCAAGCACAUCACCCUCGCCAUCAAAUCGCUCCCGCCAUCCCGGGAUGCCCAGGGCGACCCGAAUUGGCAGGAGAAGAUCCUCAUGUAUGAUCCGAUUGUGAUUGAGGAUCUGACUGCGUGGUUAAAUACGGCGGGUGGUGCGUUGGAGAAGAGCGGGUGGGAUGCGGAGGUGGAGGUUAAGGAGGUGAAGAAGUGGUGUGAGGGGAGGGGGAUCUGUUGUCUUUGGAAGGAGAAUUUGAGGGGGGGGAGUAGGGCGAGGUAUUAG